AGAAAACCUGGGAAAGGAGGGCACAAAAGCGAGUCAGGGCUGCUGUAGAGGCUGCUGUAAUUGUACCCCCCCAGCCUGGGUGCAGCAUGACGGAGCGUUUGGGAGCCUGCGCAGCGCCGCAGGACACGGCCUGGCGCUCCCUGGGGUUUGGGGGUUUCUGCCCCCACCUCUCUUGUCCCCCAGGGCUGAGUGCCCAGCCAGUGCAAAGUUUGGACCCACACACAUGGCUGCUCCUAGGUCCUGCCAGGUGUCCCUGCUUGGGGUGGCAGGUUUGCUGCUGGUGGCUUCAUCUCUCUGUAGAGCCCUGAGGACACAGGACAAGGACAUGCCACCCACCUGCAGGCACACAGGGCAUCGUGUGAGGGGCACUCAGACAGUGAUUCCAUGCAGGGAUCCCCUCCAACCAUUCGUGCUGGGACAGGCCAGCUCCUGGCUCUUCUCUCCCAUCCCUGCAAGGUUUCCUUGGAGGCAUCAAAGGUGUUGGCUUCCACAGGGCAGCAAGGCUGUGACACUGCCUCAGGACACUUCUUCCUGCCUUGGGUGCUGUGUCUCAUCCCCAUGCACCAGCUGUGCCCAUCCCUGUGUCCCUGAGCCCUGUGGGAGCCCUCCCUGCUCUGGGGCUGGAUGGAGAUUGUUCCCCAUGGCUGCCAGCACAGCAAGGAGCCGGCCCCAGAGCUAGAUCAUACCCACUCUGACCCUAAAGAGCUUCAGGGUGCUGCUGGUUCACACCUGGCAGCGGGACCUGGGGCUCAGCACGGCUGUCCCUGCAGCUUGGGAAAGGCUCUGGUCCCUGGCUGCAGAGCCUGGCCCCUUUCCUGCCCUGCUUGCAGGCGGACGCAGCGGCCAGCGGAGCAGCCCUGACAUGCACCCAGCUUGGCCUCGGGAAGAAGGUUUGAGAGCAAAGAGCAGCAGCCCAAGGGGAGAGCACCCCCGAGGCUGGGCAUGGAGGUCAUGGCCCCUCCCACCAUCAAUGCAUUGAAUGGCUCCUCCGUGAAGCUCUCCUGCACCUUCAACUCCUGCUACAAGGUGGAGAACAAGCAGUUUUCCCUCAACUGGACGUACCAGGAGUGCAGUAACUGCUCGGAGGAGCUGUUCUUGCAGUUCCGCACCAAGAUCAUGAACAAGCAGCUGGAUCGCUUCGGGAACCGCGUGGAAUUCACCGGCAACCCCGCCAAGUACGACGUGUCCUUCACCCUCAAAAACGUGCAGCUGGAGGACGAGGGCACCUACAACUGCUACGUGCUGAACCCCCCGGACCGGCACCGGGGCCACGGCAAGAUCAGCCUCAAGGUGCUCACCCAAGAGCCCCCCAAGCACGACUCGACGGUGGCCGUGAUCGUGGGCGCCUCCGUGGGCGGGUUCCUGGCCGUGGUGAUCCUGGUGCUGAUGGUGGUGAAGUGUGUGCGCCGGAAAAAGCAGCAGAGGCUCAACACGGAUGACCAGAAGACAGAGGAGGAAGGGAAGACGGACGGAGAAGGCAACCCGGAUGAGGGCACCAAGUAAUGCCCCCCUGCCCGCCCCUCCCUCCUCUCCCCUGUACAGCGUGACCCUCUUGAUGUGCUUCCCAGAGCAAGGAUUUCUGUCUCCCCAGAGCAUCCCUCCUUCCAUCCCAACACCCGAGCCAGCCUGAGCAGGGCGCACAGAGAAGGUCCCCGGAGCCUGGCUGUACUGGGCAGGGCUGGGGAGGGGGGGCUGAAGGCCCUGAGGCUGAGCUGAGACCAGCCUGUCCCCUGCUCUGAGUGCCAGAGCUGUGAGGAGGUGCUGGGGACAGGCUGGGGAGGGUGAGGGGGGAUCUGUGUGGUUCUCCACAUGUAGGGACUGGAGCAGGGGGUGCCAGGAGGGGCAGAGGGGUCUGGGCAGCCCCGUGCCCCGUUGUCUGCUCUCUGCCCCAGUAGAAAAUGAGAGCAGGGGCCAGCAGUCUGCCCUUGGGGUCACAGCUCAUCCCGAGGUGCUCCUGCUGUUCCUGGGCUACUGGCACUGGUGUUCCCACCCCAAGGGAUCCUCAUAGCUGCCAGUCUCCUCCUUGCAAGCUUGUGCUCCUCAGGGACUGUCCCAGGCUGCUCAGAUGUCAAGUGGCCAAGGCCAUGAGCCCACCCAGGGUCUUGGAGCUUUGUGAUGCUUUGGAACCAUUGAUGGCUCUUGGUGUGCAAGGGUUGGACCCUUCUGCCUCUUGGGCUGUUUUUGGGUCUGAGCAUUUCAGCCCAAGGUGCUGGGCUGACUGUCUUGUGCUUGUUUCCUUUUUGGGGAGGGUGUUUGUGGUGGAAAAUGCCCAGCUGAUGUCUCAGACUGAGGUGCUGGGGAGUGCUGGGGUGAGGCUGCUUGGGACAAAGAGCUGCUGAAAGGGAGAGGAGCUUUUGGGCACUGUCUGGCAAAGACUGGGCACAACAGCAGGCCCAGAGUUAGGACAGCUCUGUCACCCUGGAGAUGCUGAGACUGCCUCCUCCAGCCUCCCUGCAGAGCACUGCACACUGUAACUGCCAUGGCAAUGCACUGCCAGCGUGCCCAGCCCCGUGUGCCACCUGCCUCACCUGGCAGGUGAGCUGUGCUGGCUGCAGCACCGGGGCUUCAGGCAGGGAAUGACCCAGGGCAGUGUCCCCUGUGGCACCAGACCUGAGCUUUUCCUCUCCUGUGGCUGCCAGGAGGGGGACAGUGCACGGAGCCGCAGGGGACACUGCAGGGGCCAGGUGAUGGAGGUCCCGUCACCCACGAGCAGCACUGCCAGGGAGAGGGGACACCUUUGCAGUGUCCCUGUGCAGAGAAGGGACACCUUUGCAGCGUCCCUGUGUAGGUACCAUCCUGGCAAUGCCAUCAGGCUCCAGGGAUGGCGGGACAGCUGUGCCCUCCCUGCUCUGCUCCAUCGCUUUCCACCCCGGCCCCACGUGCCCUGUCCAUCCCGCUGGACCCCGCUGAGCUCCACGCUGCUCCCCUCCCAUCCGCAGCAGGAAUGUGCCGUGUCCCACGCCUGGCUCCCUCCCAGGGGGAGGGCAGGGCUGUCCCCACUCCCUCCCAGUGCCAGCAGGGCUCCCGCCGCCCUCUCCAGAGCCGGGCUGUCCCCAGCUCCUGGAGGGACUGAGCCAGCACUCGGGGGCACAGAGGUCUCUGAGUGUUGCACAUGACCGGUCUUGCAUCUGCCUUUCAUUUCUUUUCGUGCACUACCCUCGGAUUGCAACUUGCCAAUGCAUCUGUCUGUACAUAGCUGCACACAGCAGAGCCGACAAAUACACAAAUACAGAUCUGUACACACAG